GAUGCCGAGUCGGAGAAUUGCGCGGAGUUCUUGAGCCCUGUACUGAGUGUGUCCAGUUGGGAUUGUCGAGGGUGUUCCGUUGGGUUGUUUCAGGCUGGAUGGACUGUCAGCUGCUGGACGGAAGGAAGUCAAGAGAAGCGAUUGGAAAUAUGUACCGAGCUGUCGGAACCAUCCUUUCAAGUUUUAAUGGGGGCUACAUUGUAAUACAUAAAGGGGAAAGACGGAGCGAUUGAAACUCCCACAGAUUCGUUGAAGGAGUCCAUCGCGAGAUGUUACCUGCAACCACCGGACAUUCGGCCGAACUGGGCUCAUCGGUGCCCAUCUACACCCCACACGCCGUAUCCGUCUCGCUGCCUACCUGGAAGGAUAACGUGGAUUAUGAACUUGGCCUCGAACGAGUCCAUAAUAAACUCAGCACCGGCUAUCCCCGCUUCUUUAUCCAUCUGGAUAUCCAAAAGUUGGCCGAGAUCUGUCGGGCGGCCCAUGCCUUAUCACCUCAGGAAAGAUGCAUGCUAUUCCCAUCCGAAAAGGCCGCCAACCUGUGUCGGAAAUUCGUGGCCGACCGGGCUCUAAAACAAGCCAUCGCGGAAGCGGGACUGGAGAAACGAUGCCGUCUGGUCAGGUUCGAGGCCUCUUCAUCAAAACCGUCCAGUCCCGUCACCACCCGUCCCGAACCACCCCUCCGGAUAUUUGUGCUCUUCGUACCUGACGAGAAGAUCUUCGGCUUGGCUCGGACGUUUUGGCAGCACACCGGGCUAGGGAUUUCGUCUCGGUUCGCCGAACGCGCUCUCCGGCUCAUGGGCUCCUUCCCAGUCAGAGAAGCUCCUCGAGCCCCGCACAGCCAGAUCCUCAACGAUCUCCCCUCACCUCCUAACUCGCCUGCCGUUGCACCUCGCCGCUACAACGUCAAACAGAGCCCCAAAUUCCCUCUGCCCGCCCCACCCAUCCCAACCGGGCUCGAGACCGACGAAAACACGUCGACCUAUGUCGAAGAGCGUUAUGGUCGUAACCUGCCGAUCCAACAUGUCCAGGGUGCCAAACUGGCACUCCGACGAAGGAUCGCUGAUAUCUUGGUCGAAACGGCCCCUUCCGACGGCUCGAGCAGUCCGCCAGCAGCCAACCUCAAACGAUCCGAACGUGGAGCCGGUCAAUUAACCGAGUCGGAUAUCUACCUCUAUCCCACCGGGAUGAGCUCGAUCUUUUAUGCCCAUCAACUGGCAAUGUCAUUGCAAGUUCGCCUACAUCCGGACCAACCGAUCGGCAAGAGUAUCUGUUUCGGAUUCCCGUACACGGACACCCUCAAGAUCAUCGAGAAAUGGGGCCCCGGAGCCCACUUCUUCGGCCACGGAGAAUCCGACGAUCUCCAGGCUCUGGCCCAGUUACUCGAACAAAAUCAAGCCCAAGGGAUCCCGCCCAUCGCCGCUCUGUUUUGUGAAUUCCCCUCCAACCCGCUACUCAAAUCUCCUGACCUCGUCCAACUUCGUCAGUUGGCUGAUCAGUAUGGCUUCCUCGUCGUCAUCGAUGAAACUAUUGGGAACUUCUUAAACGUCGAGGUCUUGCCUUAUGCUGAUAUCCUGGUCAGCUCACUCACUAAGGUAUUUAGCGGAGACAGCAAUGUAAUGGGUGGCAGCAUGAUCAUCAACCCAUCAUCAAAACAUCACAGCACGUUGAAGGGCCUCUUGGAUGGGGACCAAACCAAUCCGACUGGGAUAUAUGAAGAUACUUACUUCGGAGAGGAUGCGAUAUUUAUGGAACGGAACUCGCGGGAUUUCCGCACACGGGUAGCGAAGAUCAACGGCAAUGCGAGUGGGAUCUGCGAGUAUCUGAUGAGCUUGCGAGAUUCGGAAGAGAACAAGAUCAUCAAGUCGAUCCAUUAUCCGCGCUACACGACGCGAGAGAACUAUGAGAUGUGUCGACGGAAGCAUCCUCCCGGCGGAUAUGGGGGACUGUUCAGCAUCAUCUUCCAUGACGCCAAGUCUUGCGAGACGUUCUAUGACCAUCUCAAGAGCUAUAAAGGUCCCUCCUUGGGCACCAACUUCACCCUCUCCUCGCCCUACGUCCUCCUCGCUCACUUCAAUGAACUCGAGUGGGCUAGUCAGUUCGGCGUCGACUCCAAUCUCAUCAGAGUCUCCGUCGGCUUGGAAGACUUGGCUUGUCUCUUGCAGUGGUUUCAGUUUGCGUUCCAACAUGCUAAUUCUUGAUCCUCAUCCUCUCAGAUUCCUCUCUCAUCUGUUCUCCUCAUUUCCUUCCUCAACAAGAAAUCAAUCCAUCAUCACCCAAAAAAAUGGCAUUGUCCAGUUCAGUCGACUUCGACUAAAUCCUCUUUGCAUGUCUGAAUAAUACCAUCACAUCCCUUGCUAGAGUUUAUCUUAUCUUAUCUUAUCUACCAAUUAUAACACUUCUAUAUGCCAUUACGGGCAAAGAAAGAAAAAAAUCAUUAAGGAACAACUUUUCAUAUGCA